AUGGGAGGCGACCUCAAUGUGAAGAAGAGCUGGCAUCCAGUGCUGCUCAAGAACCAGGAGAGAGUAUGGGUUGAACAGAAGAAGGCGCUCGAGGAGCGCAAGAGGAUCGACCAGAUGAUGAAGGAGCGCCAGGAAGAGAGGCAGAUACAAGAGCUACAGGACAUGCAGGAGGCCGCUGGCGGCAAGAAACGAGUGAACCGAGUCGACUGGAUGUACUCUGGCCCAGCUGCCGGUCAGGCUGGGACGACGGAGGAGAUGGAAGGAUACCUACUGGGUAAAAGGAGAAUCGACGGGCUGAUUAAAGGAUCAGAGCAUGCGAAGCUGGAGAAGGCCGCGACCGAGGACUCGUUUAUGCUGGCUCAGAGCGCGAACACGGCGAGAGACACGGCGUCGAAGAUCAGGGAGGACCCCAUGCUUGCCAUCAAGAAACAGGAACAGGCUGCAUACGAGGCGAUGAUGAAUGAUCCCGUUCGGAGGAGGGCAUUGUUAAAGGCUGCUGGUGUUGAUGACGACCGGUCAACAGCCCAUACGGAGAAGGAACGGAGACAUCGACGACAUCAUAGACACAGAGACGAACGCGAUCGAGAUCGAGACCGAGACCGAGACCGAGACCGAGACCGUGACCGUGACCGUGACGAGGACAGGCACUCGAGCCGCCGAUCAAGGAGACGCCAUGAUGAAGACGAUCGGCGAAGCCGCCAUCAUCGAAAGGACCGAUCACGCAGUGCCUCUCGCAGCCGAUCUCCACCACGCAGAUCCCGUCGUUCGCCCUCUCCAAGCCAUAGAAGACGUUCGUUCUCCCCUCGCCAGCGGGACAGAGACCGGGACAGAUCACGAUCGCCGUACCGACGCCGCGAGGAAGAGUCAACACGCAGACACAAUGGACAUCGCUCUCAGCGCUCUGCACCCCCACGCCGGCCCAAACCAGAAAUACAUCAGGGCAACCCUCCACCACCGUCUGCCGACGCCGAGCGCGAACGUGCAGCGCGCCUAGCAGCCAUGCAGCAGAACGCAGACGAAUUGCACGAGGAUCGCGCACGCCGUAUCAACGCAGCAGAAGAACGAGAGAAGGCCGAAAGGGAGGCGGAAGAAAAAGCUCGAGCAGAGUCGAGUAAAUACGGCGGCCGUGGCGCCUUUGUCAACAACAUCCACCGACAGGCAGGAAACAUUGAUCUUGCAGAUCGGCUGCAGCGGGGGAAGAAGAAUCUCGAGAAGGAACAGGAGGCUUAUUGA